AUUAGCUUUGCCGCGAUACCUUGGCAGCACCUUGGUCAGUCAACUGUACCAGCUGCGCCAGUUAUUGAGGAAACUGGUGUUGGUAUUACUCGUUAGAUUUACAGUCCGUGACACAAAACAACAUACGCCGCACGUUUGCAGCCAUUUGGCUGGGAAAUUUGUCAAUCUAAGUGGUGAAAUCGAUACUUUUGCAUCCGGUUAAACAUCCACCACGUGGUGGGGAACAUGUUGCCCCGCGUCCCAUACUGUUGUGUGCAUUAUGGUAUAUUUUGGAUGCAAUAUUUAUCUCUGCUUUUCUCGUUUUGCGGUACACCUUGUUUUAAGUGUCUGCGACUGAAAGCUGGUUGUUUUGCUGUCUUUACGUUCGUCUUGGAACGUUACUUUGGCAGCGAACGUGCUUGUGUCGUGUGCUAAAAUUAGCCUAGCUUGGAAAAGUGGUGCGCUACAUUUUCUGAUCGCCCGUGAAUGUAAGCUACAACUCAGUGAGUCAAGUUCCGCUUGACAAAUGUCUCCAAAAUACGGUGUUGUUAUUAUGGACGCCUAGUGUUCUUUGUUGACCGAUGAAAUGACGCGCUUAGCUCGGAACUAGCAGGACGGAGGCAUUGUUCUCCAUGACGCUAGAGGCCUGUGUUUCCAGUGAACUCUGCUGUGCGCCCCCAAUCGUCACCCCCUGGCCAACAUCCCUCUGAGUCCAGAGACAGCCCAGGAUCAGGAAAGAAGAAUCCGCCGUGAGAUCGCCAACAGCAAUGAGCGCCGGCGAAUGCAGAGCAUCAAUGCAGGCUUCCAGUCUCUGAAAACACUCCUGCCCCAUGCUGAUGGAGAAAAGCUCAGCAAGGCGGCCAUCCUGCAGCAAACCUCAGAUUACAUCUUCACAUUGGAGCAGGAAAAAACACAGCUCCUAGCACAGAACAACCAGCUGAAACGUUUCAUUCAGGAGUUCAGCGGCUCAUCUCCAAAGAGGAGGCGAGCAGAGGAGAAAGAUGAAGGGAUCGGGUCUCCAGACACGUUAGAGGAGGAGAAGGUAGAAGAGCUGAGGAGGGAAAUGUUGGAGCUGCGACAGCAACUGGACAAGGAGCGAUCGGCACGCAUGCAGCUGGAAGAGCAGGUUCGCUCUCUGGACACACAGCUGCACCCUGAACGUCUCAAGGUGAUCACCCAGCAGGUAGAGGAGGAGCAGGCGCUCAUUCAGAGUCAGACACUAUUGAGACUAAAGCAGAUCCAAACUGCUGAUAGACAAACACACAGUCCAAAGGUGCUGCCUCUCCCUACUCCCACCCAUCACCCCACAGUCAUUGUCCCAGCUCCAACACUAAACCAACAGGCCCACCAUCAUGUCACUGUGGUCACCAUGAGCCCUUCAGUCCACACCAACACUUUGUCCACGUCCAGGCAGAACCUGGACACUAUUGUGCAGGCCAUCCAGCACAUCGAACGCACUCAGGAGAGGAGAGCCAGUGCUGAGGAGGAGCAGAGACGAGUGGUCAUUGUUAGCCCCGCCCACGCCGCCAUGGACAUGGCAUGCUCAGACACAGACACCGACACAGAAGGAGAGGACUGCUCCAUGAACUGAUCAAGCAACGCACACACACACACACACACUAACACAUUAAUGCCUACUCACUGUAAGAUUCCCUCCAGCAGCUUGACUACUUUUUAAAAGACAACCUUUCUCUGGCAUUACCCAAAACUCAGAAAUCCAGUGGUUAAGCUCAGUGUUAAUCUUGUACUGUAAAACCUUUUAACAUUGAAAACAGGGGAGGGGCUGUCAGUGUGCACAGAAGGCCUCAUGGGAUUUCUAAAGGCUGUUUUAUACUGUCUGAGCUGGUUGUCCUCUACUUGAAAAUCUAAGGUUUCGCCUCAUGCAAACCCCUGUGGGCUUCAGUCUGUCCUUCAUUGGUUUAACGUGUACCGCAAAGAGUCUCAGUAUCAAAUGUCUUGUCAAUUACACACUGACAGUAUUAUAAAUGGGAGGAUUUAGUGUAAUGGUUGAACCGAGUGUAACAACACCCUCAACAAGCGGCUCCUGACAGCGAGCAGAGACGUGACAGUGCGUUAAAUUCCUUCCGAGUCUCAAUUCGUUUUUCUCUUAAAAAAAAAAAAACGGUGCCCGGGGCAAUGAAACCUUACUCAGGCUACAACUGAGGGCAUUUCUAAAGAUAAAAGCCUGGAGAAUAGGUGCACACUUAAUAGCAAACAUAAAUUCAGUCGACACAAGACAAGCAGUUCUUAUGUACUUGAAACAAAAUGGCAUACUGAUGUAAAUGGCCCCAACAAAAUAAGCUUUUGAACAUUUACAACAAGAAUUAUUGUUUUUUUUUUACCAUUUGUUUUUGUUUCAUUGUUACUGAAUGUUAAAGUUGAACGUGUUGUUAUGCAACUCACUUAGGGCGGUUCGUUAGGAGUUCACAGCAGACAGGUUGAAUUAAUAGACCUUCAAAGGCUCUGCUGUGUUGUUGUUCUGCUUGUGACAGAUGUCGUUGCUCCCUCAACCUAAAACAGGAGAGAAUGCAUCGUCCCGUGUUUGUUAUAUUAUCAUGUUAUCUUUCAUACAAUGUUGUGAAAAACCAAGGCUUGGGCUAAUGAAGCAUGAAGGCUAACAGAGUUCCCACCAGUCUGUCUUGGUCUUGGUUUCUUGACUUCUGUGACUAUGCACUAGAUUUUCCUAUUUAUGCAAACCCGACUCUAACACGUCUAUCUGUGCCAUUAGGGGGAGUUAUCUAUGCACUGUUGCUAAGUGCUGGCUUUACGGCUACAGUGUCUAUGAAACUUGACAUGCUCCUAUAGAAGAAUGUAGUAGUCGCUACUUGUAAUAUGCUCUUUGUCCACAAGGUUUCCCGUGCAGGGGCAAUAACUGGGGCCAAACCCCACACUUAACGUCUUUGAAAUGGGUGAAUUUGUUAUCCAUUGUUUUACACUGCACAGCAACAACAGUGACAUUUAUUUGAUGGUCAAUGGCAGUACUUGAGUGCGUGUGUUCUCACAACAGAAAAAAUGUAAAAAUCUGAGAACCAAGGAUGCUACGCUUUCCUCAACUGGGUCAAACAUGAUCAAUUUGUAUAAAUACACGCUUUAAAUUGACUAAUUCGACUCGGUCAUCAAUCAACAGAGAUAUUCCCAUGCGUUAAAUGCCAGAAAAAGUACUUAAUCAGUGUUCAAGCGAAUGAAAAUUGACUGAACAGACCUUUUUCUCUUGUGUUCUUUACUGUUUUUCUUUUUUUAUAACAAAUGUUAUUAGCUAAAUCUGUCCACCUCAUGUUACGUUGCUUGUAUUGAUCCCGGGAAUUUGACUGGAAAUCCCUGCUUCAAGCGUCUCUCCUGGCAUGCUUCAUACGAUAUGCUGACGUGAUGCUGUAAACAUUCCCUUUGUUUGGAUUUGUAUCUGUCUUUCGAUGUCUGGUGUGUUCUGUUGCCAGUUUGGAUGCAUGUUACUAAUUGCAAUUUCCUCUCAUCUAAAGUGGGUUUUAUUGUAGUAUUUCUUCUUUUCUUGUUUUUUUCUCUUUCUGAUCAUAUGACUGAUUGGUUCAGUUUAAACUGGUCUUCCUGUGAGAUGUUUGAAAAUUCACUGACAUCUUUCUUUGUUUGUUUUUUGUUAGUAUUUUCCAUGGCAAACUAGGGGGCGGGGUCUGUCUUUGUUAUAAGAUUGGAUGGAGUUAAAUUUGGUGU